GUCACAGAGGUCACCGAGUACUCGCGGUGGUUGCCGGGACGUCGGCGGACGAUGUGCCUGCGCCGAGUGUAGGUGCGUGUCCCCAGCGUCCGCUCCGGUCGUCCAAUCUAGAAUGCGCGAUUGAGCAGCGUGCUUUGUGACAAAGUGACCGAGGACACUGCACCGUGCGAGGGACCAUGGUUGCAGUCUUUGGGUUUUAUUAGCGUCGUAGCACAGACUACAGGUUUGAUUCGUUGAGCUAGCCCGCUUCAUUGAUUCGUAACACGCUAGGUCCGGAGCAUAACCGCUAGCCGGCUAGCUAGCUAGCCUGCGAGAUAAGCUAGUUAGCGAGCGUCACUGGCCCAUCCAGUCUAGCAGGUGGGGGGGGGACAGACUGCCCGGCGGACUGGUGAACGCGGCCGGCAGAGGAGGCGGGCGCCAGGCAGGCCGGCGUGGUCGGGAGAACGCGACGGGGUGGAAGAGUGUCAGGAGCGGCUGAUGAGUUCAGACCAGAGCGGAGAGCCGCCACUGCUGCAGGAGGAGGCUGAUCCCGGACCGAAGACCGGCGGGGAAGACGAGGCUCCGCCGAGGAACGAGGAAGGCUCGGGCGGCAUGGUCACAUCGAAAGGCACCAGUUUAAACCCAAAUGCCAAGGUGUGGCAGGAGAUGCCGGUGACCCCCAGUGAGGCGGUGACCAGCAGCCCCCACUGGCUCCCUCCAGACCUCAGUGAUGGUUACACUGAGCCGUCGCCUGCUGUUUGCAAGCCGUACACUGUGGGAUUCACAAACCCGGAUGAAAGCAGCACAGCAACAGCUGAGAUUGCAGUCAAUGGAAUGGACCCUCCAGAAUUGGCUUUUCCCCCCGUUGAGCGCACCACUGCAGGGACGGCAGAUGCGAAAACAGAAGAUCAGCCAAUCUCAACAGAGAACCUGCGCGAGUCUCUGAAAAAAGAGCUUGAAUUUUAUUUCUCCAGAGAGAACCUCUCAAAGGAUCUGUACCUCAUGUCCCAGAUGGACAGUGACCAGUUUGUCCCAAUCUGGACCAUUGCCAGCAUGGAUGGCAUCAAGGUUCUCACCAGUGACAUGGAACUCAUUUUAGAUGUAUUGAGAUCAUCACCCAUGGUACAAGUGGAUGAGAAGGGGGAGAAAGUGCGCCCCAACCACAAACGGUGUAUUAUCAUCCUGCGGGAGGUCCCGGAGACCACUCCUGUUGAGGAAGUAGAGUCGCUGUUCAACAAUGGCAAUUGUCCAAAAGUGAUAAGUGUGGAGUUUGCACACAACAACAACUGGUACAUCACAUUCCAGUCAGACACUGAUGCUCAGCAGGCUUAUGAGUACUUGCGAGAGGAAGUAAAAACAUUUCAGGGAAAACCCAUAAUGGCCAGAAUAAAAGCCAUCAACACGUUCUUUGCAAAGAAUGGCUACCGUAGCAUGGACAGCAGCCUUUACUCCCAGCAGACCCAGAGCCAUUCCCAGUACAGCUCCCCUCUCUACAUGCAGCACGUCUACCCCCAGCAACAGUACCCCGUCUACGGCAUCGUGCCCCCCACCUGGACCCCUUCGCCAGCACCAUACUUUGAAACGCCUUUGGCGCCUUUUCCCAACAGUAGCUUUGUUAAUGGAUACGGCUCUGGACAGUACAAAACUGGAUCUGCUUCCCUUACGAUCACUCGGCCUUUCAACAGAAAUCGUGUCCCUCUCUAUUCAAGAAAGAAUGUUAUAAAUGCCUUCAGAAACCACGUGAAGCCCCCCGUGCGGGCGAACGAGGUGACCCCAACGUCGAUUGCCCCUGUCCCCCUGGAGAGUCUGACGAGACUCCGCAGUCCACAGCCCCACGCCUCCCUUAACACGGCGCAGGUGGCUUCUGACCUGAGCUCCAUGUUCUCACAUCUGUCUUCCUCAUCUUCCUCCUUGGACCCAAACGAUGACAAUAACAUCGCUGGACGUGGACGACGGAACACAACUUACAGAGGGACACGCAGAAGGCGAGAAGAUGAACGGAUGAUGAGGUCCGUGCCGCUGGCUGAAGUUAAGGUUUCUCCUCCCAAAUUUGACUUGGCUGCCACCAAUUUCCCUCCUCUUCCCGGCUGUGUGAUCAGUACUCAAGAAGAGCCUGUGCUUGAGAACCGAAUGUCAGAUGUCGUCCGCGGUUUGUACAGGGACAAGAUGGAAGCGGGAAAUAAAGAAACCAGCGUCAGUCCAGCUUUGGUCACCGAGGAGGGUUUGGCGUGUGCAAGUCUGAGCCAGACCGCUGCAAAAUGUGUUACACAACCACCAGCACCACUGGCCCCGAUGAGUCAGGAGAAAAAGGUAGAGCACCCGGAGCUGCCGGUUUCCAAAGCCAUUGCCUGCAUGCCUGCCGAAACCGCCGUCAGCCCCGCCUCCUCCGUGCAAGCUGUGCACAGCUGGAGGCCGCCUACCGCCCCCGCCUCCACCCCACUGAUGCCCAGCAUGCCCCCGCCUCUUCCUGCUGCUGUUUCUGCCCCUGCAAAGGAGCCCCGUAAGCUCAGCUAUGCUGAGGUGUGCCAACGGCCUCCCAAGGACCCCCCUCCCUCCAGCCCCUGCAGCGCAGCGGCGGGCCAGCCUUUGCGCGAGUUGCGCGUGAACAAGUCUGAGGAGCCUGGCCCCAGCGGUGUCCCCGGAGACAAGCCGGAGCGAAGCCACGACAGAGAGGCCGGGCGAGAGUGCAAAGACGGACGGCCCGCACGCGAGCGGGACCCUAAGGGCCACUACCGCCACAACGGACCGCGGGGUGCAGGCCCCGGCCUCAAGUUCCGAGAGCAGCGGAGACCACCUCUAGGCCGACGCCACUCUCCACAGGGAGCUUACAGGCACGCUGGGAAAGAGCAGAAUAUCCCACCGGUAUCGCCAAAGUAAAGGAAAGCAAACCUCUAUGAAUAGAACAAAAAGUGUAUGAAAAUCUACAUGGAUAUAUGUCUAAUUAUAUAAAAAUGAUACACAUAAAAGCGACAACAUUAUGGUAGCUACCUUUCCCUGGAAGUUUUCCCACAUAGCAACUCAUCCGAGACUUGUGGGCGAAAGGACAGCUGGCGACCUGAAACGAGUGAUUUGCAAAGGCUUUUUAUGGCGCUGCGCUCAAAAUUAAUUGACUUUCCAUGGAGAUGCUCUGAUUUGUGCAGGUCUUGGGAGAGGUAGGAUGCUGGUGCCCCAUACGUGGCCCUCUACCACCUUAUGAUUUCAAGGACAAUAUGCACUAAGGAGGAGAACAUGCGUAUGACAUGUACAGAAACAAAGAUAUCACUAACACAAAAUGAGCUGUGAUUUGGUUUGCAAGUAUGGCUGAAGGGGUUGACUGUUUCUGCAUUGAUUGUUCAAAAAAAAAAGUUGAUGCGGGGGGGUUCAUGAGACACGGUGUCCAACUGGAAGCUCGUCUGAUCCCAAGUCGCUUUUGGCUUAAAAGUUGCGGCGGGCAAAUCUCAGAAGGUUCUGAUUCCAAGCUUUUGUGAGACCUGCUGAACUGUUUCCCUCUUGCUUUCUAUUUCAAACUCUACAAGGUUUUGGAUGCAAAAUACUGAUCAUCAGUCAGGAUCUCUGUUUACAUAUGUUUCAUGAGCAGGGACGAUUUGAAACUGUUGGCGGUCAUGGCGUCGGAGUCAACGGCGUUCCGUCAGCUGAGAGCUCAGCUUUGGAUGUAAAGUAAUUGUCACUGUCAAGCUGCCUGAGACUGCGGCCCGCUAGCAUUAAGUCCGCCGAAUGUCAUCGUCGGAUUCUGGCCAGCAAAAGCUGAUUUUUGUUUUUUAAGAGACCAUAGCGGAAUAGUUGGCUGCGCUGUUAGCUCGUAUAACCCUUCACUAGAUGUGUGGGAGAUUUCAGUAGCUGAUACGGCGGUUUCUGACAGCAGGGAUCCACCUGAUUGUGCUUUUUAGUGGGAGCAACUUUUUUGGGGGGGGAUUAACUAUAGAAUGUUGAGGUUCGAGCUCACUGUAUUAUUGCUUUUUAAAUAUUUAUUAUAAUUUGUCGCGCACGGCUUUUCUCCCAAUCGCGGUUGGCUGGCAUCCCCAAAGUUGUGUGAAAUCGCAUUGACAAAACCAAAUGGAGUCAUGCUGCGUGACGAUGAAUCGUUCAACAUGCCAGCAGAGAGAGAUGAUAUUUGACGCUUUGGGUGUGGAGGUGCAGUAAAUGAAUAAUCACUGGAGCUGCCAUUUGGUUUUAAGUUCAAUUAACAAGAAAUGCACUAAUGUCCGAGUACAAUUGCUUGCGGGAAAUGUGAAACUAUUUUUGCAAGCGUUUGCUUGACAGGCAGAAAUGACCACCAUCACCCCGUCCUUUUCAUGCUUUGCUAAUUUUGUUGUUUGAGUUUUUUUGGGUUAGGAUUGUAAAUGGAAAUAUAGAUAAUUGAUCAAACACGUGUUUGAGACACAAUCCUAGAAAUGUAAGAAUUGUCACAAUCCUAGAAAUGUAAGAAUUGUCACCAAAAAAAUAAAUUAUUUUGAUUUGGC